AUGGAUACAGUUACAAGUUUAAAAAAUUGGCAAUGGCUCGCUUUACUUAACGGAUUACCGAUUAUUCCAUUCGGUAUUGUUAAUUAUUUUUGUUUUGGCACAGUACCCGAAACUGUUCAGUGGUUGAGCAAUGUUGAAAAAGACUUCCUCACAGAAAUUCUUCUCACUGAUGUGUAUAUGGCUAACAAUGAACCAGAAUCAAAUAAUUGUUUUUCCUGGCAUCAAUUCUAUCGCGAUGCCAACACAUCCAUAAUGCAACGAGGGCACAUAAUCAGUGGUGGAGCAGUAUCGGUUGCUUUAAUUGUCACAUACAUUCAACGAGCUUGCUUGAAGAAAGAAAAUAAUCGUCGAAAUCACCUAUCACUCGUCGAACAUAAGCGAGAAGAAAGCGUUGAAGAACCAUGUGAUUGGGUAAUUAUUAAUUGCUUGUAA